ACUGCUUUCCAUUUUUUCCAUGGCUGGAUUGUUUAUAAUCCGGUACAUAUGUGUUGUGAUUGUAUUGGUUGCAAAUUCCAGUGACACUGUCUCCCCUUUCAACCUGACUGUGAUGUCGAUAGAACGGUAUGUGGCUAUCUGUUACCCUCUGAGGGUCAGCUCUAUCAUCACCCCCAGGACCACUGGAAUUGUCAUUGGUAUAUUGUGGACCUUUUCUUUCUUAAUUUCUAUAAUUAAGGUUAUCAUGCUGCUAGUUCUUGAGUCGUUGCCUCUGGAUCAGGUUAUGCAGGAAUUCUGUGAUGAAAGCACACUUUUCUACCUUGAGUUUUAUAACCAGGUAGACAAUGUGUUGCAAGGCUUCAUCUUCAUAACUGUUGGUUUUGUUAUCAUAUACUCCUACAUCACUAUGACAGUGGUAGCUAAGUCUGCAUCAUCAGACAAGGACUUAAACACCAAGGCUCGCAACACAGUACUACUGCAUUUGAUCCAGCUUGGGUUGAGUCUCUCCUCCACUUUAGUUCCUAACAUUAUAUCAGCCUUGAAAUCCAGAGACAUUAACAAUGCCUCAUAUAUUGAGUAUUUUUUGUUUAUUAUCCUGAUUAUCCUGCCAAGGUGUCUCAGUCCAAUGAUCUAUGGCCUGAGAGACAAGAUGUUCAGACACAUCCUAAUAUACCAUUUGACCUGUGGCCUCAGAACGAAAGUGGAGCCCCAAAAAAUAUCUAAGCACUAAUAACAGAUGCAUUUGAUUGUAACUGUAAAAAUUAUUACGUUUUUAGCAGAAACUUGUAAUUGUUGCGCCCCUAUCCAAAGUUUAUGCCAUUUGGGCAGGCCCUGAGUUCAUUUAACCAAUCUAUUUAUAAUUCCCAAUUGCCCUAAACAUAUUGUAGGUAUUAACUGUUUUUAUUUUAGUCUCUAUGGAGUCAGUUAACUUUUGAGUCCUUAUACACUAAUAACAAAUCAAGAAAUUAUAUCAAGGAAAUAUGACUGACUUUUUAGA